AUGAUAUUUUUGUGCUUUGGAUUGCUAAGGGCUGCUGAUCAAACUCAUAAUAUAGACAAAGAGGGCGCAUCACAAAUAUACUUUUCAAAUACAGAAGACUAUCAUUCACUAGAAUUUCCAAGUUCAUCUACGAAUAAAAUUUAUACUUACGCCGUUCUUUAUAACUACGAAGAUUUUAAAAUCAAAUCAGGAUCUCUCAAAGAAGUUAGUGUAAAUGUCAAGUCAAUGAAAAUAAAAGCUCUUAAAGAAAACAUAAAUCUAACAUUUACUUUUGUAAAGCCUUCCUCAGUCUGCACAACAUAUGAUUUUCACUUUGGCCCACUUGAAGAGGCAACAAAAGUCGAAUCUGCAUCAAAUGCAUGCUUCUUUUUAUUCGGUUACCCGAAAAUUUCGGUUGAUUCUACAGGGUUUGAAAAAAUUUAUGAAUAUGAUACAUUUGUUCAAUUAAGAACAUUAAAGCCCAUUGCUAAAAUUUCUAAAAUAAAUGUUGAGGGCUAUACUUCAGAGAAUUAUACAUUCACCCAAGGUUAUUAUUAUUUGAACUCCGAAAAUCAUUUUCUAGAAGGUAAACCUUUGGAUUUAACAACAACUUCUGACUCCAGAGCGGCUAUUUUAGCAGUUAUUAUUAUCGUCCCGAUUAUUGUAUUAACAGCAAUGAUUGUUGGUGGCUGGUUCUUAUUCCAGUAUUUCGCCAACAAAAAUAAUGAAGAGGGAAAUAACGUUCCUGCAAGCCGCAUGGAGCCAAUUAAUGUUGAAGAAAAACGGGACAAUGGUGAUUCCUCUUCUUCCUCCUCCUCAUCAGACUGA